UUUUCAUAUUGGAAGAGAAAGUCCCUCUACUACUUUGGUAUCUGUGCUAUGUUGUACAUGUGCUCAUGUUCUGCAUAAGGUUAGAAAUUGUGUUUAAAAUUGAAAGCGAAACGUAUUGGUCUCGUGCGCCUUAUGAAGUGUGACAUUUUUAUAAAGUUAUAGUUCUUCGAAAAAACAAAAAUGGGUUUGUACAAUUUUAAGAAAAUAGCGGUGGUCCCUACUGCAAAGGACUUCAUCGAUAUAAUAUUAUCGAAAACACAACGUAAAACUCCAACAGUCGUUCACAAAAAUUAUAAAAUUACAAGGAUACGUUCAUUUUAUAUGCGUAAAGUGAAAUUCACACAACAAAAUUUUCAUGACAGACUAUCUCAAAUAAUACAAGAAUUUCCAAAGCUUGACGAUGUUCAUCCCUUUUAUGCUGACUUAAUGAAUGUUUUAUAUGAUAAAGAUCACUACAAACUAGCUCUUGGUCAGAUAAAUAUAGCAAGACAUUUGAUUGACACUGUAGCAAAAGAUUAUGUGCGAUUAAUGAAAUUUGGAGAUUCUUUGUAUCGGUGUAAACAAUUAAAAAAGGCUGCCUUGGGUCGGAUGGCUACUAUUAUGAAAAGGCAAGCAGCAAAUCUUGCAUAUUUGGAACAAGUUCGUCAGCAUUUAGCUCGUUUACCUAGUAUAGAUCCUUAUACCCGUACCAUUAUAAUCUGUGGCUUUCCAAAUGUUGGAAAAAGCAGUUUUAUAAACAAGAUCACACGUGCUGAUGUUGAAGUUCAGCCAUACGCAUUUACAACAAAGUCAUUAUAUGUUGGUCACACGGAUUAUAAGUAUUUAAGGUGGCAAGUGAUUGACACACCUGGAAUUUUGGAUCAUCCAUUAGAGGAAAGAAAUGUUAUAGAAAUGCAAGCGAUAACAGCAUUAGCGCAUUUGCGAGCAGCUGUACUAUAUUUUUGUGACAUAUCGGAGCAAUGCGGUCACACAUUGGACGAACAAGUGAAACUGUUUGAAUCUAUUAAACCUUUGUUUGCAAAUAAACCUUUAACAGUUGUACUCAAUAAAGUAGAUGUCUUACGGUUGGAGGAACUUCCUCCUGAGAAACACACGCUUUUAAAAUCAUUAGAAGACAAAGAAGUGCCUCUUUUAGAAAUGAGUACAAUAACAGAUUUCGGAGUGAUGGAUGUUAAGAUACAAGCUUGUGAACGUCUAUUGUCAUAUCGCGUUGAUCAGAAAAUACGAACGAAGAAGGUGGAGGGAUUACUGAAUCGUUUACAUGUCGCACAACCAGUACCAAGGGACAGUAAAGUUCGUGCACCUUGCAUUCCAGAGAGUGUUCUUAAAAAGAGGCAAGCAGCUGCGGAACAAAUACCAAGAAAACGAAAAUUAGAGCGAGAAAUAGAAGAAGAAAUGGGUGACGAUUACGUGCUCGACUUAAAGAAGAAUUACGAUAUCGAGGGAGACCAAAAAUACGAUAUUAUUCCUGAAAUUUGGGAAGGACAUAAUAUUGCUGAUUAUAUAGACCCAGAUAUAUUCGAGAAAUUGAAUGCACUUGAAAAAGAAGAAGAGCUUCGGGAGGAGGCAGGAAUGUACGAUUACAAAGUACCAGAGUUGUCCGAGACAAUGAAGGAAAUCGUGCAACUAGCUAAACAAAUUCGGGACAAGAAAAUAAUUAUGAAGGAUGAGGCACGAAUUCAGAAGGCUUCUACGAAACCUGUAAUGCCACGUACAGCCAUGUCCAGAGGGCGAGAAAGGUCGGUGACGAAGUUGAAGGAGCAAAUGGAGGAUCUGGGCAUUGAUAUGGAAGAAACCGAAGAUGCUCACUUCACCAAAACAAGAGGUCGUUCGAGAUCCUUGUCGCAACCAGCCAGGAAACGUAUGCGUAUGGAAUCUGUCUCACAGUCACGAGUUCGAAGCAGUUCGAGACCAGCCCGCGACGAGAUGGGUAUCAAAGACGCUACAAUGAAAACGAAGCUGAAGAAUAUAGCUCACAAAGCUCUCAAGAAGAAGAUCGCAAAGAAGGGUUUGAAGGGAGAAGCGGAUCGUUUCAUCGGCACGAAGAUGCCAAGGCACCUGUUCUCAGGAAAAAGAGGCGUUGGCAAAACAGACAGAAGAUAAUCAUUUUUAUUUAUUGUUAUGCAUUUAUACAAGAUUAUUAUUGAGUUUCUGAUUUGCCGCGUAAAUGAUUAGCUUUUCAUAUUAAAAGCGUGAAAGAUACCGCAACAAUAUGAAUGAAUUGUCUUCGAUUGCAUAAUUACGUCGUGUCAAAGUGACCUUCGCCCCUCGAACGGGGUGAGCAACAUCGCGCGUUCAGCGAAACUUUAUUGCUGUCGCGCGACGAUAACCCCUUAACUAUAAUAUACAAGACUCCGCGUUGUUCGUGGAUUUGUCUUCUUCACCAUGUAACCACCGAUAUCGGCGAUUGUUGCGUGGCAUUGUGUCGGGUAAUGUCCAUCGUCGGUCUCAUAUCAUUUUCUCAUGAAAGCGGAAAACAUUGGUAGGAGGAUCGAGAUCAGAAUGUAAUUGCAUUAGCGGGACCAAAGUGGGGAGAGGUUGUCUGGUAAAAGUAGUGCGGUCAAGAUACAGUUACUGCGCUGUUAUAUAAAUAACGAAUAAAUUUUUAUUUUUGUCGUUACAUCAUUGACGGUUGAUUAGAAAAUAUAAGUAACGCGAGGUGUUACGAUGCUCGUUUCGAGUAAUCGGAUACAGUUUCGCGAACGAUAGUCCGAUAACGGAGCGGGCAUAGUUCCAAUCAACCCUUUAUGCCCUGAAUCAUGUCGUUCUCAUUUCUUGUUGCUAUCUUUGUUGUAGAUAUUUCAAGAUCAUUUCUACAACACGUACGAUAAUAUGCAUUAUUUUUUACAAACAUUUAUUUUGAGUUAAAUUUUUCGAAAAUCUAAGAAUAUUUGGUUUUGCAGUAGCAGUUGACAAUAGUCGACCUUUAAAGAACUUUCAGGACACAAAGGGAUAACAAAAUUUCAAAGAGGAAUUCGUGACUUAACGUAUACUUUACACGCCUCACGAGAUUUAGGAAGGGAUAAUCGAGUCUAAAAUGUUCUCUUAUCGACUUCAGAAAAAUAUACAAUAGAUACGUGAUGCAUACGUAAAAGCGAUCAAGAACGAAGAGUUCACCCUCCAAGUUCCCGAUGUGUUGUCGACCGGGUGAAUCAUUCACGAUGAAGUUCAAUUGAUCGUAUACAACUUGCUUUACAACGCUUUGCAAAUACAUAAAAAUAAAGAGAAACGAGAAACGAGAAACAGCACGAUCUCGGAGACACGCUCUGUAACUCUAUUAGGAACUAACGAAACUUCGAGCAGAAGAAAAUUCUACGAAGCAGCAAUUUUUCGCAUAUAAAUAAAUCGAAUCUGUCUUCUGCAUUUAAUACUCGACUCGCGAUACGCGCGGGAAAUCCAUACAUGUAUGUAUAUUCUAACCCCAGAACGAUCGAAAUAAAUUAAAAGAAUGC